AUGGCCCAGGAGAGACUCUGGGUUCUGGGCAUCACUUUUGCUGCCGCCCUCUGUCUGUUACGUCCCUCACACAGCGCCGAGCCGGUGGUUCGGGGAAGGGUAGGGGGGGCGGCUGAACUUGGCUGCAGCCUCACUCCCUCCUCGGGUGGGACCACCACGCCAAAUCUCUUCCCCCUGCACGUUGUGGAAUGGGUACGACUCGGAUACAACGUCCCUAUCCUCAUCAAAUUUGGAGUAUAUACUCCCCGUGUGCAUCCAAACUACAAGGGUCGUGUGUCUUUGACACAGGGGGCGUCUCUUCGAGUGGAAGAGCUGACUUUGGAAGACGAAGGCUGGUUUGAAUGUCGCAUUCUGUUGCUGGAUAAAACCACAGAGGAGUUUCAGAAUGGCACCUGGACCUUCCUCUCAAUUACAGCUCCCCCAGUGUUUAUAAAGAAGCCCCCUGCUUUUGUGGAGGUUCUUCUGGGCGAACCCCUCACUCUGAACUGCAAUGCCCACGGUAACCCCAAACCAACUGUCACUUGGAGAAAAGAUGAAACUCCGCUGGAAAAACAGAAGGAAAUUGAGGUAGUCAAUGGCACCUUGUCUUUGACUAAGGUUACCAGGGAGACGUCAGGAAUGUACAAGUGUCACGUGUCCAACUUGGAGGGCAAUCUAACUCAUACUACCCAGCUGCUGGUCAAAGGUCCACCAAUCAUCACCCUCCCUCCAGAGGACACCAUCAUGAACAUGUCCCAGGAUGCAGUUCUUCAAUGCCAAGCUGAUGCUUACCCAUCCAAUCUCACUUACGAGUGGUGGAAAGAGGGCGAAAACGUGUUUCACGUAGAAUCUCUGAAAUCACGUGUGAAGGUUUUAGUGGAUGGAUCCCUCCUCAUCUCUAGUCUUAUCCCAGAUGACUCUGGGAACUAUACAUGCACACCUACGAAUGGACUUCUCACCCCACCCUCCGCCUCUGCCAACCUCAAAGUAAAACACCCUGCACGGGUAGUCCGGAUGCCCAGGGAGACCUACCUCCCCACAGGCAUGGAGGGAACCAUAGUCUGCCCCGUCCAGGCUGAGCCACCGAUGCUGUUUGUCAACUGGACCAAAGAUGGAGAUGUGUUGGACUUGGACCAGCUCCCUGGCUGGAUGGUCAACUCUGAAGGCUCAGUGUUCAUAGCAACAGCCAAUGAUGAUGCAGUUGGUAUGUACACCUGCACUGCCUACAACAGCUAUGGGACCAUGGGCCAGUCAGAACCCACCCAAGUCAUUCUGGAGGACCCUCCUUCAUUCAUGGUGGCCCCUCGGGCAGAAUACCUUCAGGAGGUGGGCAGGGAGUUGGUGAUCCCUUGCCAGGCACAUGGAGACCCUUCUCCAAAUAUCACCUGGACCAAGGUUGGUUCCAAUCCUCGCUCUCCAUACUCCGUAUCAUCAAAUGGUUCUCUGGUCCUGCGUCCUCUUAGCAAGGACCACCAGGGGGCGUGGGAGUGCCAUGCCACAAAUCGUGUAGCCACAGUCAGCGCAAGCACUUUGGUGUUAGUAUUGGGAACCAGCCCUCAUGCUGUGACAUCAGUGUCAGUAGAUCCUGGGAUGAAUCAGGCCAAUGUGUCAUGGGAGCCUGGAUUUGAUGGAGGUUACACUCAAAAGUUCUCUGUCUGGGUGAAGCCCACCAAAAGAGGGAAACAUGAGUGGUCAUCUCUUCCUGUGCCCACUUCGAAAACUUACCUCCUGGUAACAGGACUUAUUGCUGGGACCAGUUACCAGUUUAGCGUGCUGCCUCAGAACAAGCUGGGCUCAGGACCCUUCAGUGAGAUCGUCACUGUCAGGACUUUGGCACCCCCAACAGAGUCUCCUACUGAACCACCGUUUGCUCCUCCUACCUUGCUCUCAGCCAAUCGCACAGCAGUAGGUAUUCUCCUGCAGUGGGUGCCACCCACAGCUGAAUCUUCAUCCAUCACUGGAUUUGUUCUCCAGGCGAGACGUGAAAAGGGGGAGUGGGUUACUCUUGAUGGAGCCAUCAGUGUCAAUACAAGUGAAUUAAUUGUUCAAGGAUUAGUAAAGGAUGCUAACUAUGAGCUGAGAUUACUGUCCCGUGGGGACAAACUUCUGAGUGAGCCCAGUGAAGUCAUCAACGUCUCUACAAAAGAUAUGGAGAUGUACCCAGCUGAGCCCAGCCUUCUGGCAUUUGUGCCUGAGCCCCUAUUGGCCGGUGUGACUGGGGGCGUAUGCUUUUUGUUUGUGGCCAUCAUCCUGUCCCUUGUGACAGCGUGUGUGAUGAACCACAGGAGAGGGCAAAGACGAAGGAAGAGAAGAGACGAUAUCCCCUCUGCCUUCCAGAAGAGUCCAUCUUCAGAAGCUUGCUCGCCUUCUGACAGCCCCGACAGCGUGCUGAAGUUGAAACUCUGCCCUCCCCUCUCCUUUUUCCCCAACUCCUCAUCCUCUGACCGCUCUGAUCGCUCCUCUUUUGAUAAAGGCAGCCGCAGUGAGUACCAGGACCAGAAGAAACAGCUACUCUCUUCAUCUUCUCCUCCUCCUCAUUAUACCCUUUUUGAGAGCCACCUUGGAGGCUCCCCAUCACCAACCUCUGCUCUUGAGUCCAUAUCCAGAGGUCCUGACGGCCGUUUCAUAGUGAAGCCCUACCCUGACGGCUCCACACCAACACAUAUCAAGAAAAAUCUAAAAAAAGACUUCCCUCAAUCACCUGGGAAAGGAAGUGGUGGAGGAAGUAUCAGAGUUUCUUUCAAAGGCUCUCCCAAGUCAAGCUCUCUGAGCUCAGAUAGGGAAGAGAGGAAGGAGCGAUCUCCUGCAUUGUCUGUGAAUUCACAAGACUCUGAGAGGCCUUCACACUCCCCAGGUAGGGUGAAGGCUAUGGCUAGAAAUUUCUCCCGCCAUGGCUGCUUUUAUUCAGAUGAGGAGCAGGGCGGUUCAGAGGCACUGCUGGAAAGGACAAGCUUCUACUCAGACUCCACCGAGAGAAAGACCUAUGACUCUCUGAAGAAAUAUUGUAUCUCUGGCCACCCAGAGGACGUUUUCCCUAGUCUGGCGAGAAGAGCCCGUGCUCUGGAGCGAGAGAGGCUGCUACAUUCCACAGGCUACCAGCCAAUAGACAGAGACAGUUGUCUAACUGAGCCAAGCACUAUGAUGUCACAGCUGGAGGAUGAACAAGAGAUGGACAACAUUAGCAAGUGUCUGAAGCUAGUAAAGGAAAGGGAGGAGAUGGAAAGAGAAUUGGAAAGCUAUACGGCCACUCGCAGAGUUCAGGAGAGAGAGAGAGAGGAGAGGCGUUCCAAGUCAGCCAGUCCCCUGAGGAGAUGGACUGGGGCAGUGGCAGAGGACCCAGUAUGGAAACCUCAGGACAUUCAAUUACGAUACAAAAACAAGCGGCCUAGCAGUUUGGCCCAGCGUGUAUCUGACUACCGGAGGGGCUGUUACUUUGGCCACACCAGUAGUCCUAUGGAGAGGCUCCCCUCUUCUUCAUCCUACAUUCAGUGGGACAUUAGCCCUGUUAGCUCCCCCACCAGUCUAGUGCCUGCGCAGAGCCUCUCAGAAGGGAACACACCUCGCUCCUUGCGCCCAAAGACACCUCAGCAAAGCAUGGCAACAGCAGAUUUCUCAGAGUCACCCAUUACACAGUGCACCUCUCUCUCUCUUCUCUCUCCUAAAACAGAAAGCCCUCCUUCAUCUGUGACUGACUUGGGUAAGAGUCGAGCCAGGUACCCUGAGAGACUCUUAGAUCAAGACCAAGAGAUGGACAGCAAGAGAUCUUUAGCUAAAGAAGCCUGGAAGGAGGAGAGAGAGAUGGAAAAAGCCCUUAAGCCCACAUCCUCCACCAUGCAUGACACACAGCCACCUGAAGGACAUGUAUUAGAACAUGCUAGGUCUGUUCUAAGAGAUAGAGAGAGGGAACCAAGUCCUGGACAGCCUUAUCACAACCUUAGCCUUCACAGUACCGCACAUUUAGAAGAAGGGAGACCUGAACAGGAAGGUAGAAGGUUAAACCACAGUGCUUCUGGAUGCUCCACCUUGCCCUAUGAUCAACAAAAAGCAUCAGCAAAGGGGACAGUAACAGACAGUGAUAGCAAAGUUGUCGACGAGCCCAGCACUUCAUCAGCAUAUCUUGAACAGGAGAGAGAGGCUGUACGGGCACGUUCACGCAAGAGUGACAAAUGCAUCUUCAGUGACAGCCCUAGUCGUGUUUCCCCUCUAACGCUUUUGGAAAAUGAGUGUGAAAGUGACCAGUCAAAUUUCUCUGCUGCUAGGAUGUCAGACUCUAUGAAAGCUAAGCUGGCUUCACAGCCUGCCAGAAUGUCCCCUUUGCAGACCAGUGCCAUUUUAGAGUAUCUUAGCUUGCCAGGCUUUAUUGAAAUGAGUGUAGAUGAUCCAAUUGAGGACAGCGAGGUUGCUGAAUCAACAUGGCUUAAGACAGAACAAGAGACAGGGAGUCUAAUUAGAGAUGAGCCAGAUGUGGUUCCAAAAAACUGGGAGGCUCACUCACAGGACCACUCUGAAGCAAAAGCAGGCUCUGACAGUGCAGUUGUCUCAGAUUGCAGGACACCUAUUACUCCUGUUGGACAUUCAAAACAUGGGGUUAUCCCAGAUUCUAAACAUUCAUCACAGGUACUACCAAGAGACACAACUUGCAGGAUAGGAGGUCCUGAGAGAAGCACUGAGAAAGUUUUGGAAUGCAGAGGUAGACAUAAGAGUUCUCAGCAAUUGCUCUCUCAGAAGAGCCAAAGUUCUGAAAAGCAACCCACUAGAUUUAGUUCAUCACAGACAUUAAUGAGUAUGGCUAAAAGUGUUGCAGCAAUUGCUUCCAAAAGUCCUGACCAAGCUGAAGGCACAACAGAAUCUACUUCAGGACAAUCCCAAAGACCUCACUCUCAGGGCAACAGGACUAAUAAAAUAGCCUCUAGGAUCUCUCAAGCUCCCAUGCCUUUCAUGAAGAAAUCAAUCAGCAUAGGCCCAUGUAGAACUCUCUCAGGCAUUGGGCAACCCCGACCAUUCCUAAAGAAAUCCAUUAGUUUGGGAUCUCAAAGGUGGGAGCAUUAUGAAAACCCCAGGACUUAUAUCUCAGAGACCUGUUACAGAGAUGAAUUUCCCAUCCCUGAUGUACGGAUCAAAUCCUACAGUUUGGGCCGCACACCUGCAGCCCCUUUAUCCAGGCCAGGUCCUUCGUGGCAAGGUGCAGUCCCCUCACGAACUCCAAGCAAUUACAGUCUCGAGCCACUUCACUAUGGCAACAUGCCCUAUAUGACCUCUUCCUACCUCAAACAUGGUGCUCCAGCACCAGUAAUGGAUCCACCAUGGCCCAUGGAACACUUAUUUUCAGCCCAACGUGAAUCUUUGGAUCCACGACGACAGGCCACUGUCUUUCCAGACUCUUCCAGAUGCCCCUUGUCAUAUCAGGAAACCUUGAGGUCAGUGCAGCAUAGGUACAUCCCUCAGGACCCUCCACGACCCUUUGGGCCACACAGACCAAUGGCUAGGGGGGAGUAUCCACGCCCUAUGGACUUCAGAAGGGGUCCACCUCCCAGGCCUUUCCUGCCCCGAGGAUACAGCUGGCCCUCACCAUAUCACCCACCCUUCCCACCCAGAGAGCAUGAGAACCAGGGAGAGUUUGAGAGGGGGGGUUGCAUAAGAAAGGGAGGUACAGAAGCAGGGGGUAGGGAUAGCAGAGUUGAAGGAGGACGGGCCAGCUAUGCCAGUCAGAGCAGUGGUAGGGGAAGUGUAGGUCCUUAUGGGCAUGGACACCUCCGCCAAUCUCUCUCCAUCACACCUACCCUACUCAGCUCUCCUGAGACCACAGAGGAAGGUGAGAGGCACAGGGCAGAGAUGGAUCUGCGGGAGCGGAGAUCAAAAAGAAGGAAUACCUCAGUAGAUGAAAGUUAUGAAUGGGACGCAGCUGAGUGCUCUGUGGAUCCUGACAUCCUGGAGGCCAUGAAGAUGGAUCAGCCCCAGGCAGGUAUUGGGCGGGGUAGGGAGUUUAGGCGAGAUCGCCCACGCUCCACUGUUGGCCUCCAGGACCUUCAAAGUAAAGGCCUAUAUACCCUGGUCAGUCCUCCUGCAUCCCAGCCUCCUCGCAUCCCAUACAGUCGCUCACUGAGCGAUGCACGCUUCAAUGCCCUACGCCUGGAGUUUCAGGAGUAUCGCAGAGCCCAGGAAUCCUCCUCCCGAGUGUCCUGCCAAACCCCAGACCCAGACUCUGACACAAGUUCUGCUCUUCUUUGA